AUGGGCUUGCCCGGGCUGGAUGUCACCGCUGUAGCUGAUUUUGAGAGACCAGGGGCCUUUUUGCGUGGGCUGGGCUGUCUUCUUGGAAACCAUUCGUCCAAAAAAAUCCUCUACGAACCCAACAUCUUCCUUCCCCUUGUAUGCCAAGAGAGCAAGGAUCAAACGUGGGCUCAUCAGCUGUAG